CAUACUAUUUUAUUUACAUACACAUUAUAAGCCUGCCUUGUGUAGGAGCUAACAUGCAACCCUCUUAAGGAAUUCCACCAACUAUUGCUGCAAUGGAUUAUGAUAUUAUCUAUUUAUAAUUUCUACAUUCAACCCAAUAGGUUUAUCAAUUCAUAGUGGAAGCAAUGGAAAACACAGAGAUAAAGAUAGCCAGGUUUUCUAGUUGUCGCGGGGUAGCAUUUGAAAUCAAUCCUAAUAGAAUCAACCCCUUUGCAAUUGUAUCACCAACAAAGCAGGAACAAAUUAGAACUUGGCUUUGGCUUCCAUGGACUCGAACAAAUUCAUUCAAAGUUCUUCCUCAGCCUCAAACAAUCAGUCCAACUCGGAGCAGGGGCAGCAGCCACUUCUGUGACAUUGACAUUGAUGCUAGCGAUGUUGAGGUUGAGUUCAUAGCUGAACUUCAAGAUAUAGAAAAAUCAGACAAAACUAAUGGUGCUAAGGUGCAGAAGUUACUUUCCAGAACUGAUCCACCAAAGAGGUCAAGGCUGUCCAUAAUUCUGCUGGAUCAAGGGUUCACAUUCUACAAAGGGCUAUUUAUGGUUUGCAUGGCCUUGAAUUUGGUGGCGUUGGCUCUUUCAGCAGCAGGGUAUUUCCCUUAUGCCAAGACAAGAGCUACACUGUUCUCUAUUGGGAACAUUCUAGCUCUAACACUGUGUAGAAGUGAAGCAGUUUUGAGAGUUGUUUUCUGGUUGGCUGUGAAGAUCAUUGGGAGGCCUUGUGUUUCUCUUGGAAUCAAAACUGCCACCACUUCGUUCCUUCAAAGUGUUGGAGGAAUCCAUAGUGGUUGUGGGGUUUCUUCUAUGGCCUGGAUUGUUUAUUCCCUAGUUCUUACUUUGAAAAACAAAGAGAAAACUUCCCCAGAGAUUAUUGGAGUUGCUUUCACCGUCUUCUCACUCAUUCUACUCUCUUCCCUAGCAGCUUUUCCUCUUGUCCGCCACCUUCAUCACAAUGCUUUUGAGAGAAUCCACCGUUUUGCUGGAUGGAUGGCUCUCCUCCUUCUCUGGCUAUUCAUUCUCCUCUCCAAAAGCUAUGAACCUAGCUCACAAACCUAUGACUUGACCAUGUCUAAGGUGGUCAAGAAGCAAGAGUUCUGGUUCACUUUAGUUAUCACAAUUCUCAUCAUCAUUCCUUGGCUGAGUGUCAGAAAGGUACAAGUUUGUGUAUCAGCUCCAUCGAGCCACGCCUCAAUCAUCAGGUUUGAAGGGGGUGUCAAAGCAGGUUUACUAGGCAGAGUGAGUCCUUCACCCUUGUCAGAAUGGCAUGCCUUUGGGAUCAUAUCUGAUGGAAAGAAAGAGCAUAUGAUGCUUGCUGGAGCAGUUGGUGACUUUACCAAGUCCUUGAUUAGUACCCCACCAAAGCAUCUUUGGGUCAGAACCAUGCAUUUUGCAGGCUUGCCUUACCUAGUAAAUUUGUAUCAAAGGGUGUUGUUGGUUCCACAGGGUCAGGGAUUUGUGUGUUCUUAUCAUUUCUUUUGCAGCCUAGUAAAGCUGAUGUGAGCUUGAUUUGGGUGGCCAAGGAUAUUGAACUGAACUUUGGAAAGGAGAUAACAGAAUUGGUCAACAAAUACCCGAAAGAGAAAGUUAUGGUUCAUGACACAGCACUUUCUGGUCGUCCCAAUGUAG